AUGAACUACGAUUUUGCCAAGUUCACGGCGUCACAGGUCACAGGCCGUGAACUUGGGGUCGAAAUAGUACAGUAUGCAGAGUGCGGAGGCCUCCGCCCGAGGAAUGGCGAAGCUCAGUGGACGGAUGGAGUUCUCGAAGGGACAACAGAAGCGACACAGCAUGGUUUGGACGCUUCUGCUUUCGCGCCCCCGCUGGCCGCCUUCGUGUUUUGUUUCAUCGAGGGAAGGCAGGCCUUACUCGGACCAGUAUUAUCCACAGAACAAGACGAUGCGCUCUUUGGCGAACUCUCCGAGCGCGAAAUCGCCUGGCGCGAUCGUCAACUGUUCCUACAGUCGCGCGGGUACAUGCUUCGUCCGAGAUUACGACCCGAUUGGAGGCCUUCUUGGAUCUCACCUAGAAAGAGUAUUUUGGAGAGUGAGGAUGCAGUACCUCUUCCUUUCCGCAACCACCUGGUAGACGCCACUCGUCUACGGGACGGAGAAAUGGUCUACAUCAAGCGAGUCACCACAGACGACAGCGAAGUCCGCAUCGCGACAUAUCUCUCGCAAGACCUGUUUCGUCAGGAUCCACAUAACCACAGUGUACCCAUCUUGGACCUGUUUCAAGAUUCCGAGAACCCUGACAUUUUGUAUAUGGUGAUGCCAUUCUUAUCUCUUGCGGACCAACCUCCCUUCAACACCGUAGGAGAAGUAGUCGAUUUUUGUGACCAGGUGCUUGAGGGUCUGGUGUUCAUGCACGAUCAUGGCGUCGCCCACCGCGAUUGCGCAAUGAAAAACCUCAUGUUCGAUUCCUCCGCAAUAUUCCCCCAAGGCCAUCAUCCCAUCUUCGAAAGCUUCCUCCCCGAUUUUGUGACCGUAGCCCCCCGUCUCUCUCGUACCGCCGCUGGAGGCGUGAAGUAUUAUUUCGUCGAUUUUGGGAUGUCGUCGUAUUUUCCGCCUGAUGCACCCAGGUUGGCUCUUGGGGAUGAGGUUCGGGAUCAAGAAGUCCCCGAACUCUCCGAGACGAUCCCGUACGAUCCGUUCAAGGUUGAUAUUUUCGCGCUUGGGAAUGUGUUUCGACGAGAGCUGUACGAUCUCUUCUCGAACCUCUCCUUCCUAAAGCCCCUAAUAGACCCCAUGUUAUCCCCCGACCACGCCGCUCGCCCCACAGUCACCCAAGCCUGGGAGAAGUGGAUAGCUGUGAGAGGUGGGAUAUCGAUGGCACAUAAGAGUUGGAGGGUGAGGAAGAGGAAGGAGAUGGUGGCGGAGACGGUGGUGUUGGAUGUGGUGGCGCUUGGGAGGGUGGGGUGGGGAGUGGGGAGUGGGGAGGUGGGCUGUGGGGUGGUGAUUUCGAAGCCCAGAGAGCCUUUCGUAAAAGGAAGUUCAUAAAAUAUUGACUCGUACGAACGGAAUUGAGAAGGCAAUCAGAAGAACGUUUAGCGACAUAAUAACAUGCAACACUAAUUUCUCACGCAUUAUCAAUUCCCACGUCUCCAAGCGCUGCACGAGCACGAGCCUCAAGGCCUCAAGGACGAACUUCAUUUACUUAUACUACAACUUCGUUAUCAUGCAUCAACUUCGCAGAUACACCUCCCCCCUUCCCAGUAAUGUCGAACGACGAUGAUGGCUCGCUCGACUUGGCCGAAAUCGAUGCGGUAAUGGGCACUCUCUCGGAUAUCGAGAUUGCGUGGCGGGACCGUCAGCUUUUCUUGCAAUCUCGCGGCUACAUGCUUCGUCCAAGGCUAAGGCCUGGCUGGUCACCUUCUUGGAUUUCGCCCAGAAAGGGUUUCGAACAGUGUGAGGACUCUGUGAUAUCUCCGAGCCGUGUUCAUCUCAUCGAUGCCACCCGUAUAUCUGACGGAAAACUCGUCUAUAUCAAGAGAGUCAAGACAGGUGACCAGGAGUCCAGCAUCGCUGUGUUUUAGACCAAGAAUCGCUUCGCCAAGACCCACGCAACCACAGCGUUCCCGUCCUCGACCUGUUUGAGGACUCCGAGGAUCCAACCAUAUCUUAUAUGGUCAUGCCCUUCUUGUCGAUCGCAGACGUGCAUCCUUUUGAAACGGUUGGGGAAGUUGUUGAUUUCUGUGAGCAGUUGCUCGAGGGUCUUGUCUUCAUGCACGAGCAAGGCGUGGCUCACCGUGACUGCUCACGGAAGAACCUCAUGAUGGACUCUUCACCCCUUUUCCCACAAGGUCAUCAUCCGAUACGUGAACGUAUCCUCCCAGACGCCGUCACCGUCGCUCCGCGGCUGACUCGAACAGCUGCUGGUCGUGUGAAGUACUACUAUGUAGACUAUGGAAUAUCUUCUUAUAUUCCUCCGGAUGCCCCCCGACUAGUAGUUGGAAGGGCCGGUCGAGAUCAGGAAGUCCCCGAACUUUCUGACACUAUUCCUUACGAUCCAUUCAUGGUCGACAUCUUCUCCAUCGGCAACGUUUUCCGAUGCAUGUUCCACGACCAUUUUUCAAACGUCGAGUUUUUGGUCCCAAUGAUGGACCUAAUGCUUCAUCCGGUCCCAGCAGCCCGAGUGACCGCUACCCAGGCCUGGGAGAGGUGGACAGAUGUUCGCCGCGAUAUUUGGCCAAUAUCUCGUAGUUGGAGAUUGCGACCUCGCUCUGAGCCUUUGGUGGCGACGGCGGUAUUGGAUACUGUGUCGUUGUUGAGGUUGGGGUAUAAUGCGACCCGAUGGGUUGUAGGCUGGUAGCACUGAAACUGACUGUUGUGUUACUCUGAUACUUGUUUUGGCCAUGUUGUUGCUAUCCCUUCAGUACUUCAAGUUGUCUUCUGUACUCAAUAUAUCAUGCCCGAUACUGAACGUAGAGGCAAAGCG